CUCCUACUCAUUUGUCUCGCUGUCGCCGCCAUUAAACAACACGGAGGCACGUAAACCAUGGAGUGUCGCAUAUGUAUACCAUGAUUCAAGGAGUACAGAGGCUUUGCCAAGCUGUGGUUCAUCCCGCAAGAGGUUAAUGUGUCCUUGAAGAUUCACCACCUCAGCUCAACCACCCAAAGUGAUCCACAAUGACGGAGCAGAAGGUGAAGUGGGCCUGUGACUACUGCACCUAUGAGAACUGGCUGUCUGCGGUCAAGUGCACUAUGUGCCGUGCACAGAGGUUGAGGGGUCCCAUCAUCACAGAGGAACCUUACAAGAACCGCCCUGAUCUGGACAGCAGUCUGGAGUGGGACCCUCCCAGAACUGAGAGUGGCGACAACCUCCUCAUCUGCCCUGACUCCAGCGCUCGGCCAAGAGUCCGGUCAGCCGGCAUGGCUGAGAUUGCCAACAAGUGGUCCUGCCAGAUCUGCACCUACCUGAACUGGCCCCGAGCGCUCCGCUGCACACAGUGCCUGUGUCAGCGCUCCAGGACUAGCAGUCCCACAGAGUCCCCCCAGACUUCAAGCUCCAAUGCCGGCUGUCGUCCUUCUCUGCCCUCUCCCGUGGAUACCUGUGAGGAGUACAAUGACAGAAACAGACUCAACACGCAUCCGCCGCACUGGGCAUGCACCGUUUGCAACUACCAGAACUGGCCCACAACGACAAAGUGCGUGGUUUGUGACCGCCCCAAGCCCAAUAACCAGGAGGCCAUAGAGCUGGCCGGGUCUGCGGAGCCAACACCAAUGAUAAAUGAACAGGACAGGGCCCGGUGGAGGGGCGGUUGCAGUGGGGGCCGGGGCCAAAGGAGGUCCCCUCCAAUGCCCAAGAGGGAAGACAAUGUCAAAAUGGACUUCCAGAGGAUCGAGCUUGCAGCUGGAGCCAUGAGCAGCAAAGAGGAGCAAGAGGUCGACUUCAAGAAGCUCAAGCAGAUUAGAAAUCGAAUGAGGAAAACAGACUGGCUGUUCCUCAAUGCAUGUGCUGGUGUGGUGGAGGGAGACCUGGCUGCAAUCGAAGCCUACAAGUCGUCCGGCGGGGACAUCGCCCGGCAGCUCACCGCCGACGAGGUGCAGCUCCUCAACCGGUCCUCUGCGUUUGAUGAAGGCUUCACUCUGGUCCAUCUGGCCAUCCGCUUCCAGAGGCAGGACAUGCUCGCCAUCCUGCUCACAGAGGUGAACCAGCAGGCGGCUAAGUGCAUCCCGUCCAUGGUUUGCCCCGAGCUGACGGAGCAGAUCCGCAGGGAGAUCGCAGCUUCACUACAUCAACGCAAGGGAGACUUCGCCUGCUACUUCCUCACCGACCCGGUCACCUUCACCCUGCCUGCAGACAUAGAGGACCUGCCGCCUGCGGUCCAAGAGAAGCUGUUCGAUGACGUGUUGGAUCGAGAUGUGCAGAAAGAGCUGGAGGAGGACUCUCCCGUCAUCAACUGGUCUCUGGAGCUGGGCACGCGCUUGGACAGCCGCCUGUACGCCCUGUGGAACCGCACCGCCGGGGACUGCCUGCUGGACUCUGUCCUGCAGGCCACCUGGGGCAUCUACGACAAGGACUCUGUUCUGCGCAAGACCCUCCACGACAGCCUGCACGACUGCUCCCAUUGGUUCUACACCCGCUGGAAGGAGUGGGAGUCGUGGUACUCUCAGAGUUUCGGGCUGCACUUCUCCCUGAGAGAGGAGCAGUGGCAGGAGGACUGGGCCUUCAUCCUGUCUCUGGCCAGCCAGCCCGGGGCCAGCCUGGAGCAGACCCACAUUUUUGUUCUCGCACACAUCCUCCGCAGACCGAUCAUCGUCUACGGAGUGAAAUACUACAAAAGUUUCCGCGGGGAGACGUUAGGAUACACUCGUUUUCAAGGCGUGUACCUGCCUCUGUUGUGGGAGCAGAGCUUCUGCUGGAAGAGCCCCAUCGCCCUCGGCUACACGCGGGGCCACUUCUCGGCCCUGGUGGCCAUGGAGAACGACGGCAACUACGACAACCGCGGCGCCGGCGCCAACCUCAACACCGACGACGACGUCACGGUCACGUUCUUGCCUCUGGUGGACAGCGAGAGGAAGUUGCUGCACAUCCACUUCCUGUCUGCGCAAGAGAUGGGCAACGAGGAGCAGCAGGAGAAGCUGCUCCGCGAGUGGCUGGACUGCUGCGUGACGGAGGGCGGCAUGCUGGCGGCGAUGCAGAAGAGCUCCCGGCGCCGCAACCACCCCCUCGUCACGCAGAUGGUGGAGAAGUGGCUGGACCGGUACCGCCAGAUCCGCCCCUGCGCCUCUCUGUCCGACGGCGAGGAAGAGGAGGACGAAGACGAGUGAGUGGGCCGAGGCGGGCGCCCGCCGUUUGAGACUGGACGCUGUCGGCUCCGGGAGAGAACCGCGCCACCUUUUCUUUUUCCCCUCUUCAAACUGUAAAUCCGUAACUCGUUCUUAUGCAUGUGUUGUGUGAGCGAUAGAAGAAACGAAAAGAUACCAGCAACAACAAAUAGAAUCCUGAUGACUGCUCCUAUGAAAGCACGUCAAGUCCACUUUAUUCGCCUUCCUGUGCUCAGAUUUCUCCUUCUUUUGUGUUUUGUUAUCAAAGUAAUGAUCUCGACCUGAUGGAAAUACUCGGAACAUAUAGGAACAUAUUCUGUAUUUAAGGAAAUCCCGAAGCUGCACUAGAUGAGAACUUUAAUUUACAGAAUUGCCUGUUGCUUAAAACGGUGGAUGCUGAUCUGUGUGUGUGUGUGUGUUAAGGGUUUAAGAGCACCUGUUUUUUUGAUCGCGGAUCCCUCUGCAGGCCCCUUCUGAUGUUUGCAUUUAUUUAUUUGUGUAGGAGAUUUAGCGCGCAGAGGCGAUUCCUUUGUUCUUACGCCCCGUUUAAUCUGCGUUGUUUUGAUCCGUUCAGUCUUGAAGUAUUUUAUUUUGCCCAGAUGAUACCUACUUCCUGUGAGGGGAGGGGGAUAGGACGGACAAGUUUACUGAUAUUUUUACGUGUGAUUUAGUAGCUCGAUGUCAUAUUAGAAUGGGUGGUGGUACUGCUGGUGGGGGAAAGAAACCAAACACUCUGCCUCUCUACAGACGGCAUUCAUAUUAAAAUGGACUCACUUGUAUCCUGUGUUCCAUCUGUGUUAAAGUUUCUCCUUCUUGUAUCGGUUUGGAUUCGACUUGAGAAUGAACUUGUUUUUGUUCUUGGCGCAGCUCAAAUGACUGUUUAAAAACACAUUGGGUAAUCGUGAA